GCUGCCCGCCUUCUGUUCCCGUUUCCUGUGGAGCCAGCCGGAGGAAUUCAGACUCUCCAAGUUUUUCCUGGGGGCCGGACUUGGAAGCUUAUUUGCUUUGGCCCUUUCCCACACCCUGAUUUUCCCAAUGAGCAUCACCGAGGACCACAAGAUCCAGCUAAUGUACGGCAUGGCAGGUGUGGGGGCUCUAGGAUGGGGCACCUCCCCACACUUCCGCUGUACUAGCCUCUUGGUGAUACCCAAGUUCAUGGGCAAGGAAGGACGGCUGUACGUGCUCACCUAUGUUCUGGCUAGCAUUUACAACGGCCCCGUGGCCAACAUCCGGCACAACCUGGGCGAGGUGGUGCGCUCCAUCAGCUGCACGGUGGAGCUGCAGAUUGAUAAUGCCAAGCGGAGCUGGAAGGUGUCCACGGCCCCCCUGCGCAAAGUCCUGACGGACAUGGUGAGAAGUGGGAAGAACCUGAGAAGCGAAACCCGAGAAGUAUCGCGCUCCUUCUUGGCCCUGAACGAGCAGGUGGCCAGUCAGUCAGGCUACAGCGUGCGCUCGGCGAGGGACGAGAGCGAGAAACGGCCGCAUUCCACCCAGGAACUCUUCGAGGGCAGAACCCGGAUGCGCUGCUCGUACAUCAUAGAUGAGUCCAUCACCCGCUGCAAAGCCUGGUUCGAGGCCAAGUACCAGUCCUGCCUGAACAAGAUCGCGGUGCCCGUCAUCAGCCACCUGCUCUGCAUCCCGAUGAAGUUCAGCUUCAUCUGCCACCUCGCCAAGAUUAUGAACGCCUGGUGUCGCGACAAGAUCCCCGUGGACGGGAACUUUGGCCAAACCUUUGACAACGUCAACGGCUCCGUCGACAACCUAAACCAAGACUUCACGGCUGACUUGGUGAUCAAGGAAGAACACCAAACGAUGCUCGUGGGCGCCAACAUCUCCCACGAACACCUGGUGGACGAGGUCAACGAACAGGUGGCCCUGCAUGGCGGCCGUAUCAGCACCUCCAUGUCUGUGCUCCGCGUCUUGCUGUCCUGCACCUUCGUCAUGAUUUUCGCCUCGGCCCACUCCUACACAAACAGUUUCAACCAGGACGUCCGCUUCGACAACAUUUACAUCACACGCUAUUUUCGGCAGAUCGAUGCCCGGCGUCGGAAGCAGAAGAAACGGACUCUCCUUCCUCUGCGCCGCGCUGAGAUUCCUGGCUAUAUCGAUCCGUGCCAUCUCAAGUUCCAGCCGGCGGAGGCCAAGAACGUGAUGUCGGAGCUGCUGGGCUGCCUGCCGUCCCUGAUCUUCCUCCUGCUGGCGUUCUGCCUCGAUUACUUGCUCUACAACAUAUUCAGCACCAUACGACACCAUUCCUUUGUGGAGUACUCUUUCAGCAGCAGCCACCACCUUGAAGUGAUCGUCGGCGGGGAGACGAUGAUGGCGCGACUCCUCCGGAGCACCAUUGGAGCCUUGAAUACUUCCUCAAAGAUGGAGAUGGAGGCUACCAACAUCCAGUGUCUGCCCGAACCUCGGGGCAUGUCCAGAGUGCAGUACCAGGCCUCCUGUAUCUCUCUGGGCGCCUUGUUCCUGCUGUGUCUCGUUCAGGUUUACGCCUACCGUAUCCGGAGAGUCAUCGCUGCCUUCUAUUUCCCCAAGCGUGAGAAGAAGCGCAUCCUCUUCCUCUACAACGAGAUGCUGCGGCAGCGGGUGGCCUUCAUCACGGUGCAGCGGAAGCGCAUCAUCCAGAGAUCCCGACGGCACAAAAGACUGGAAAAGCCCCUCGUGGACCGGCUCGGCCAUUGGUUCCCGUUCCUGAAGCGUUUCCUCCGCCUGCGUUGCAUUCUCUGCGGCUUGCCCGAAACCCCCAACUCGGUCCUCUGUGCGACCCCCGAGUGUGGCACCAUUUACUGCCGCCUGUGCUGGAAAGACAUGGGCGAGGUCUGCUUCGCGUGUUGCCACGACGACGUGAUCUCCGAUGACGUCACCAGCGAGGGGGAGACGGGCUACGCCCACUGAGCUGCCAAGGGGCGGGGCUGCUCCGAGUUCCAUUAUUAAAUUAUCACUUUGAUCCUUUCGAAUCUUCUAGUUGUCUUGAAUCGCACUAUGUGUGGAGGAAAGUACGAGCACCAAACAUUAUAUUGUCGAAGGCUUUCACAGCUGGAAUCACCAGGGCGUUGUGGGUUUUCUGGGUUGUAUGGCUAUGUUCCAGUAGCAUUUUCUCCUGACGUUUCACCUGCAUCUGAAGAUGCUACUGAAACACGGCCAUACAACCUGGAAAACCCACAACACCCUACAACAUGUCUACCAUGCCUCUUUCCCCAUUGGGGACCCAAAUUAAUUUACAUUGUUCUCCCCCACAUUUUUCUUCACAAGAAUCCUGCAAGGGUGGCUAGGCUGCGAGUACGUAACUGAACCAAAGUCAUCCCACUCGCCUCUGUGACAGAGCAGGAAUUAAAACCUGGACCUUCCAGAUUCUAGUGUAACGCUCUGCCGUCACCAGAGGUGGGAUCCAGCAGGUUCU